AAACAAUGAACUUCGCUUGUCAAUUUCUCUUCUUCUUUCUGUCUACUCUUUUCCUUUCCCUUCUUCCACUUUCCUUCUCCUCUUCUUCUUCUUCCCCAAACGACACCAAUGCCCUGACUCUCUUCCGCCUCCAAGCCGACACUCACGGCAACCUCCUCUCCAACUGGACCGGACACGAUGCCUGUUCCUCCACGUGGCGUGGCGUCAUUUGCUCCUCAACUGGCCGCGUCACCGCGCUGUCACUCCCUUCCCUCUCCCUCCGUGGUCCCAUCACCUCCCUUUCCCUCCUCGACCAGCUACGAAUCCUCGACCUUCAAAACAACCGCUUGAACGGCAGCGUUUCAACCUUAACCAACUGUACCAACCUUAAACUAGUUUAUCUGUCCGACAACGAUUUUUCUGGUGAAAUCCCCCAGCAAAUCUCGCAGCUCAAACGGCUUCUUCGCCUAGACUUAUCCAAUAACAACAUACGUGGCAAUAUUCCUAAAGAAAUCUUUGGUUUGAACCGGCUCAUUACUCUCUGGCUCCAAAACAAUGCAUUAACAGGCCAAAUCCCAGAUUUUUCUUCUUCCCUUAAAAACUUAAAGGAGCUUAAUUUAACCAACAAUGAGUUUUACGGGCGGUUACCAGAGAGUUUAUUGAAAAAAUUCAGUGAACAAAGCUUUACAGGAAAUGAAGGGCUUUGUGGGUCAAAUCCAUUGCCUGUUUGUUCCUUUACAGGGUCUCCACCGGUGGAUUCAUCGGCCCAGACAGUUCCAUCCAACCCGAGUUCAAUGCCGCAGACACCAAUCAUCGAACAUGACAAAGCUAAGGGACGUAAAGGAUUAAGCCCUGGUGCUAUAGUUGCAAUUGUAAUAGCAAAUUGUGUGGUGUUUUUGGUGGUGGUUUCUUUUGUUGUAGCUUAUUACUGUGGAAGAAACAGGGGAGAGAGUAUUUCCAAAGCCAGUAGCGGUAGUGGGAAAAGGAGGAGGAGUGGAAGUAGUUACGGAAGUGAAAAGAAAGUUUAUGCAAACGGGGGAGCGGACAGUGAUGGAACAAAUGCAACAGAUAGGAGCAAGCUUGUGUUUUUCGAAAGAAGAAAGCAGUUUGAGUUGGACGAUUUGUUGAGAGCUUCGGCGGAAAUGCUGGGAAAAGGGAGUUUGGGAACAGUUUACAAGGCAGUGCUCGAUGAUGGGUGCACUGUCGCUGUUAAGAGGCUUAAAGAUGCGAACCCUUGUCCAAGGAAGGAGUUUGAACAGUACAUGGAUGUUAUUGGGAAGGUUAAGCAUCCGAAUGUUGCGAAACUGAGGGCUUACUAUUAUGCUAAAGAGGAGAAGCUUCUUGUUUAUGAUUAUCUCCCUAAUGGAAGCUUGCAUUCACUUCUUCAUGGAAACAGGGGACCGGGGAGGAUUCCAUUGGAUUGGACUACGAGGAUCAGCUUGGUGUUAGGGGCAGCUCGAGGAUUAGCAAAGAUUCAUGAAGAGUAUAGUGCACCAAAAAUACCACAUGGAAAUGUGAAAUCUUCGAAUGUGCUUCUUGACAAAAAUGGGGUUGCUUUGAUUUCUGAUUUUGGGUUAUCUCUGCUUUUAAACCCUGUUCAUGCUAUAGCAAGAUUGGGUGGAUACAGGGCCCCUGAGCAAGCCGAAGUCAAGAGACUGUCUCAAAAGGCUGAUGUUUAUAGUUUUGGAGUCUUGUUGUUGGAACUGCUGACAGGGAGAGCUCCAUCACAGUAUCCUUCGCCAACACGUCCUCGAGUGGAGGAAGAAGAACAAGCAGUGGAUCUUCCGAAAUGGGUUCGAUCAGUUGUUAAGGAAGAGUGGACAGCAGAAGUGUUUGAUCAAGAACUUUUGAGGUACAAAAACAUUGAGGAGGAACUUGUGUCAAUGCUUCACGUGGGGUUGGCCUGUGUGGUUCCGCAGCCAGAAAAGAGGCCUACAAUGACAGAAGUGGCUAAAAUGAUUGAGGAUAUCAGGGUGGAACAAUCUCCUUUAGGGGAGGAUUAUGAUGAAUCACGCAAUUCGCUUUCGCCUUCCCUUGCUGCCACGGAAGAUGGAUUGGCUGGCUACUGAUCCAAUAAUUUGCCAGUGGUAAAUUAAUUACUUC